GGAAGCAUAAAUAUGUUGUAUACAAUUUUUGUUUCACUCUUCAUAAUUUCUGCGUUAGCAGAGGAUCUAGUGGUGGAUGUUACAAAUGGUAAAAUUGAAGGUUACUUGAGAAGUAGCCCCAAUGGAGUGACCUUUCGAGCUUUCCAGGGAAUUCCUUAUGCCAAGCCACCAAUAGGAGACUUGAGAUUCAAGGCUCCCGUUCCUGCGGAAAACUGGUCUGGGAUUCUAGAAACAAAAAAGGAUGGAAAUCGAUGUUUUUCAGUUGCUAAAGAUACUGAUGAUGAAAGUGAAGACUGUCUAUUCAUCAAUGUAUACACACCAAUCUUGGCUCAAGCUAACACUACCCUUCUGCCGGUAAUGGUAUAUUUAUUUGGAGGUGGUUUUAGAGACGGCGCUUCGAGUUACAACAUAUACGGUCCAGAUUACUUAAUAGAGCAAGACGUUGUUAUGGUAUCUCUCAAUUAUCGAGUAGGUCCUUUUGGCUUUCUAUCCACUGCAGAUGAGGUAAUUCCUGGAAACUUUGGACUCAAAGAUCAAGUGCUGGCUUUAAAAUGGGUUCAACAAAAUAUUCGAGUUUUUGGAGGAGAUCCUAGUAAAGUUAUUCUUUUUGGACAGAGCGCUGGUGCCGCGUCUGUUGGACUCCAUAUAUUAAGUGCACAAUCAGCAGGACUUUUUAGAGGAGGAAUCUGUGAAAGCGGUUCGGGUAUCAGUAAUUGGGCGUACCUACCAAAUCCUACACCAUACGGUUAUGAAUUAGCUUCUCUCAUAGAUAAAAAUGUCAACAUAAGCACAAGCGCGGAACUCCUCAAAUAUUUGCAAAGUGUAUCUGCUAAAGCUAUAGAUGUAGCUUCUACACAAACCACAAUCGUAAGCCAACCACUCCCAGUUAUUGAAGUUGAACACGAUGGUGCCUUUUUGAGGAAAAACUUGUAUGAAAGUUUGAAAAAUGGAGAAAUCAAUCGGGUACCUCUAUUAAUUGGAGCAAAUUCAGAGGAGGACAUUUCUCUGGCCGUAGAUAUGGCUUCAUUGAAAACGAGAGCAGCUGCUUACGACCAAGAUUUGAAAAAAUUGGUAUUAAAAAAUAUGAAUAUAGUUAAUGACACCAAACUACAGGAGCUUGGGCAAAUCAUUAAGGGAUUUUAUCUUAAUUCAAAUGAAAGAUUUGAAGAUAAUUUGGGACUAGCCGUUGCCUAUAAUUCUGAGAGCCAAUUCUUCAAUCCUAGUGUUAGACAUGCAGAGCUGCAAUCUCUAUACUCAGAUGUUUAUCUCUAUCAAUUUUCUUAUGUAGGAAUAAUGGGAAGAAAUUAUAACAUAACUUUACCAGGUGCCGAAAAAGUCACACAUGGAGAAGAGUUACACUAUUAUUUCAAGAGGUAUUUGGGAGAUUACGAUAAUUCCAAUUUAAAUCAAUUCUCUGACAAUGAUGUGAUGACGCAUGAAAAAAUGGUGAAACUAUGGACCAAUUUCGCAAAAUAUUUAAAUCCAACACCUGAAGCAGAUAGUCUGUUAGAAUAUAUAGUAUGGCCUAAAGUAAAUCCUUGGUACAUACAAUAUUUGAAUAUAGAUACCAAACUUACAAUUGAAAACGAUAUAAAAUAUGGAAGAUAUGUGAUGUGGAGAGAUUUAUUUGAAAAAGAAGCCAUAUCGCCUGUGAGUAAUAACAGUAUUGAAAGUAUCAAGAUGCUUCACACAAUUAUUGCUGCACUAUUCAUAAUACCUGCGUUAGCAGUGGAUCUAAUAGUCGAUAUUUCCAAUGGGAAAAUUGAAGGUUACUUAAGAACUAGUCCCAAUGAAGUGAACUUUCGAGCUUUCCAAGGAAUUCCUUAUGCCAAACCACCAACGGGUGCUCUGAGAUUUCAGGCUCCUGUUCCUGCGGAAAAUUGGCAUGGAAUUCUAGACACAAAAAAGGAUGGUAAUCGAUGUUUUUCAGUUGCUAAAGAUACUGAUGAUGAAAGUGAAGACUGUCUAUUUAUCAAUGUAUAUACGCCAAUCUUAACUCAAACAAACACCACCCUUCUGCCGGUAAUGGUAUAUUUAUUUGGAGGUGGUUUUAGAGACGGUGCUUCGAAUUACAAUGUAUAUGGUCCAGAUUAUCUCAUAGAACAAGAUGUUAUUAUGGUAUCUCUAAAUUAUCGAGUAGGUCCUUUUGGGUUCCUAUCCACUGCAGAUGAAGUUAUUCCUGGAAACAAUGGACUCAAAGAUCAAUUGCUAGCUUUAAAAUGGGUACAACAGAAUAUUCGAGUGUUUGGAGGAGAUCCUAAUAAAGUAAUUUUAUUUGGACAAAGUGCUGGUGCCGCAUCGGUUGGGCUCCAUAUUUUGAGCAAACAAUCAGCAGGUCUAUUUAGAGGAGGAAUUUGUGAAAGCGGUUCAGGUAUCAGUAAUUGGGCGUAUUUGCCAGAUCCAACACCAUACGGUUAUGAAUUAGCUUCUCUCAUAGAUAAAAAUGUCAACAUUACAACAAGCUCAGAACUUCUAGAAUACUUGCAAAGUGUUCCUGCAAAAGCAAUAGAUAUAGCUUCUACGCAAACCACAAUCGUAACGAAACCACGUCCAUUUAUUGAAGUUGAACACGAAGGUGCCUUUUUAACAAAAAACUUUUAUGAAAGUCUGAAAAAUGGUGAUAUUAAUCGCGUUCCUCUAUUGAUUGGAGCAAAUUCAGAAGAGUACAUUUCUCUUGCCGCAGAUAUGGCUUCAUUGAAAACAACAGCAGCUGCAUAUGAUCAAGAUUUGAAAACGUUGGUCCUCACAAAUAUGAAUAUAGUGAAUGAAUCAAAACUACUAGAGGUUGGAAAAAUCAUUAAAGGAUUUUAUCUCAGUUCUAAUGAAAGUUUUGAAGAUAAUUUAGGCCUGGCUAUUGCAUAUAAUUCUGAGAGCCACUUCUUCAAUCCUAGUGUCAGACACGCAGAAUUACAAUCGCAAUAUACAGACGUUUAUCUUUAUCAAUUUUCCUAUGCAGGUGUAAUGGGAAAGAAUUACAACAUAACAUUACCAGGUGCUGAAAAAGACACACAUGGAGAAGAAUUGUUCUAUUACUUUAAGAGAAAAUUAAGCGGCUACGAUAAUUCCAAUUUAACUCAAUUCUCUGAAAAUGAUGUGACCACUCAUAAGAGAAUGGUCAAACUAUGGACCAACUUCGCAAAAUAUUUGAAUCCGACACCACAAGCAGAUAGUCUCUUGGAAAAUUUAAUUUGGCCUAAAGUGAAUCCGUCGAACAUACAAUAUGUGAAUAUAGACACCGACCUAACAAUUGAGAACAAUAUAAAACACGGAAGAUAUAUAAUGUGGAGAGAUUUAUUUGAAAAAGAAGCCAUAUCGCCUGUGGUAUUUUGAAUAUUUCCACACUUGUACCUAG